AAUUGGGAAAGUGAAAAAAACAGCUAGCGAAGUCGACGAGCUCGCGUUUCAUUUAUUGUCUGGACUCCUCACGGAGGACGAGCACUUCCACAGUUCUUCGACCAUCAUCAAACCCAUGAAGUCUUCUUCCAUUAGACGAGCACAAUAAGCUUCCGGUGCUGUUACAUGUGAGUUUCUCUCUGCGGGUGCAUCGUCUUUCAUGUGACCUCCCUCUUAGGGUUUUGCAUACGCACUCUUGCCUGUGAUCUGCUUCAAUACCGGUCUGCUUUUGUGCUCGUGAAUAUUUAAACAUGGCCUGAGUCUUCCAUCUUGGGACACUCCCUUAGUGAAUGAACUGACUGAGGCUCACAUUUUCCUGGGCUUGAUAUUACUGUCAAGGGAAAGAGAUUUAAGAAAGAGAUUGAGAGAGAGAGAGAGAAGGGUCAAAAUACUACACACUGCAAAAGCAAUGAAGGGUUCUGCUUUGCUUGUUGCUUCGCUCCUCAUCCUUCUCUUUCUUGUUCCUUAUUCUACCGUCUCCGCGAGGCGCAUCGGCCGACCGAGCUCAAAUCAUGGUCACCGACACACAACACGGCCUAAGGUGAAGGUUGAGCAGGUGGUGGCGAAACCGAACUUCUACUGGGAAAGAAGGCUGCCGACAAGAGCAGGGAGGGCGGACACGGUCCAAAUCGCGGGGUCGAGCUUGCCGGAUUGUUCACACGCCUGUGGCUCGUGCUCGCCGUGCAGGCUGGUCAUGGUCAGCUUCGUGUGCGCAUCGGUUCAGGAGGCAGAGACAUGCCCAAUGACUUACAAGUGCAUGUGCAAAAACAAGUCCUACCCCGUCCCAUGAUCCUUCAAUCGACCAACAUCGCCAAGCCUUGUUCCCAAGGCACUGUAACAUAACAAUCCCUUGACAAUGACAUUUUCAUCGGUCACUUUUUUCCCAGAAAAUUUUCCUUUUAAGGCCUCCAAAAAAUAAAAGGAAAACCUCGUUAGGCCAUCACGGUUUUGGAUUGUAAUUGGUCGAUGUCCUUCUCUUUGGUCGAUUAUUCGAGAGCCUCAUCAUUAGCAUAAGUUGAAUUUCAUAUGCAAAGAGUAUGCCAAAA